AUGGCAGACGAACAGUGCGCUGUAGGCCCUGACGGCCAGCUCCUUCCUGCUGACCAAAUCACAUUCUACAAUGAUGUUGACGACUCUGAGCCUCUCCUGCCUAGCAAACCAGUAGCACAUUCUGCAAGUGUUCGGGGGAGGCCCAGGACCAUUGCCGAUCACUUUUAUGCUCCUUGCCGGACUUCAUCUUGCACCCGUAAUGCCUCUGUGCGUGCUGUCGACCCCAACAACGUGGCUGGCAAAUCGGGCAAACGCAAGGCCUCAGGCAAUGUUCCCUGUGCUGCAUCCAAGUCUUCCUGCAGCUCUCUUCAUGCGCCGUCCGCCUCAUCUUGUGCAGCAUCUCGUUUGUCCCGCGCUUCGUCUCCCGACCCCACUGAUCAAGACACCAACAUGCCUGAUCUUGUGGAUGCAAGCAAUAUUGAGGACGGGGAGGGAGAUGAGGGAGACAAGGAGGAAGCGGAAUUUCAGGCAGCUUAUGAGGACGCAAAAGCUGCCAGCGAUGCAGAUCGAUUGGCUAAGAAGAUUCCCAAAUCAGAUCUUACGAAAGACACAAAGCUCAUCUUCACUGAGGGAACAAUCACGGGCCCAGCUGGGAACAAGAUCAAGGGUAGUUGGUGCCGCAUCUGCUGCAAGAGCCCGAGUACUGACAAGGACACAUUCCUUAGAGGCAAUGUCUCUUUGCAGCGCAAACACAUCACUAGGUAUCCUGAUACCCAUUUUUCAGUCUACAAGCGUUUAUGUGAGAAGAACAAUGUUCCGAUGCAUCAUCGGGCAUUCCCUAAAGACUACAAUGUGGAAGCGUCUGGAGAGAAGCAAACCACUCUUGAUGCCUUUGCUGCACCUAUUCCUGCCUUCACAAAGGAGGGCCUCACUGAUCACAUUAUUGAGUUUGUUGCAAUCCGUGUGGUCAAUGAACAGCCUUUCCGACAAAUCAUCAAGUUCUGCCGCCCGCAUCUGGCUGACAAGGACAUCCCGCAUCGGACCAAGAUCACCAAUGAGAUCUACAAGAAGUGGGAUGCAGUUAUUGAACAUAUCAAGAGCACUUUAUUGGUAUCAAUGACAUUUGACACUUGGACGUCAGCUGCCAGUGACCCGUACCUUGGCAUCACUGCCCACUACAUUGAUGCUCCCGAUGACCAGCCUUCAAAGUGGGAGCUUAAGUGCGACCAGAUUGUGUUUGUGAAGAUUGAUAGAGAUCAUUCAGGUGCAAACCUUGCCCAGAUCAUUGUCAAAACACUUGAUGAGUAUGAUCUUCGCAACAAGGUGGGAUGGUUCACAGCGGACAACACCACUAACAAUGACACAGCCCUUAGAGCCGUUGCUGAUGUUGUUGCUGAUCUCAACAUGAUUCAGGCGCAGGUCAGCUGGUCCAAUCCACACCUAUCGUCGGACAAGGUGAAUGAGUUCAUCAAGGCAGCCUUGAGCGAAGAGAACAACGACGGCGAGGUUGAUGUGGGCGCAACCUCUGGUGCAAUGGGCAAGGCCUUAGCAUUGGUAAAGCAGAUUCGGGCCUCUCCGCAGGCCUUAGAGUUCUUGAAGAAGAUGUGCAUGGAAUCGGAAAUCAAGCCCCUGCAGCCGUUAGGCUACAUACGCACCCGCUGGGCCUCUAUGCACACAUUUCUGGAGCGCCUGAUUUAUCUCAAAGCGGCACUUAAUUGCUUCGUCUCUCUCGCAGAUGACACUUCCGAAGUGCCCAAUCUUUCAGGCAAGUGCCAAUAUGCGGACUUUAGGCUCCAUGUAGAUGACUGGAAGAAGCUCGAUGCUAUUCAAGAGGUCCUUCAAGUGCGAUAA